AUGGCGCCUUCGGCAAUAGAACUUAGCAGACGCAAACGACAGAGUGACCGAGAGCUCGGUUUUUUCCGUACUCCCACUUUGGAAGAGACGCCACCAAGUAACGCUGAGAGGAUGCUCUGCUCCAUUUGUCAGGGCAUUUUCAAUCAGCCAAACAGACCGCCCAUGCCACAGCCGAAGACCAACGUGAACGAAUCUGGACGGGAGGAAACGGUGUAUUCGUGGGGCGGAGCAGAGUCUAAGGUCACACAUCACCCUACACUGGAAAGCUUUCGGCGGGCCGUCUCCAGCGGAUGUUUUAUUUGUACCAUUGUAAAUAAUCAACCGCACGCGAAAUUGUCACCUGAGAACAUUGAUGAAGCUAGUUGGGAUGCGUCUCGACAAAGUUAUUGGGGAAGCAUAUACCAGAUGCGCCAUAAGUCCGCGGUCGGAUGCGCCGCACGUUCUGGUGUUGCUCAUGCUUAUCGCAUGAUCGUUAAACUUAUUGAGGGUACCGAGGAGGGGAAGCCAGUAUCGCGCGACGCGGCAUUUUUCCUCAUACUUGCUGAUGGAAGGGGACGGGACCUCAAUUUGCCGUCAGAGCAUCGUCUGAAGCAAAUCAAACGCUGGAUUGCGAACUGUCGCAACAAGCACCAAUGGGGGUGUACCACGUACAGGCAGCACAAUUGGUCCCCGCCGCAACGCCUUCUAAAUGUAGGGAACGAUAUGGAAGAUCACAUCAAGCUCGAGAUAGUCAACCGUGAGGACUUCUUUGAUGUCGCUUACGUUACGAUGAGCCAUAGAUGGCUCGAUCCAGCUCCCCCGAGGUUGACGCGCGAAAACCUUGAUGCGAUGAUGCACAACGGCGCCUUGCUGUCGUCUCUUCCUCAGAGUUUUCAAGACUCGGUAUCACUUCUGAGAAGCAUAGGGAUCAGCUAUCUCUGGAUAGACUCUUUGUGCAUCCUGCAAGAUUCUGAGGAAGACUUCCUACAAGAAGCAGAGGCAAUGGGUGAAAUAUAUGCUGGAAGCCUUUUCAACAUUGCUGCAUCUAGCUCGGACAAUUGGAAAGCUGGCCUCAUGCCCGAAUGCAGAGAACAAGAUUUUAUUCCAAUCGUUCACCCUUCAUGGGCCGAAUUGGGCGAGUUUAAUGCCCUCGCCAUCAUACCAAAAAGGUUUGACGCAUCAGAGAUGGCAGUGCUUGGAUCUACACUAUCCAGCCGAGGCUGGAUUCACCAAGAAGUACAGCUUGCCCCAGCUACUCUAUUCUGUACUCGAGAACAGCUGUGGUGGUCAUGUCUAGAAGAUACAUAUUGCGAGGCAUUUCCUGAAGGCUUUCAAGAUGUAUUUGAGGCUGACGAGUAUGAAGGGUAUCAGCUUGGGGCGAUACGAACGCUAAUAGUACCGGAGUUGGCACGUCCUAGCUUAUUCAAGCAGGGCAAGCUCUGGGUCGAAGAGAAUGAGAAUUGUGUGGUCUCGCGUCGGUUCCUAAAUAUGUGGAUGAAUCUUAUCGCCUCCUACUCUGCCUCACUGACGACGAAGCCCGAUGACAGAUUAGUUGCCAUUGGCGGUAUGGUCAAGCUUCUGCAACAGUGGAUGGGACACAGCGUCGAACAGUUUCAACAAUCUUAUCACUCCGGCAUGUGGCUACAUGGCCUUUUUGCGCAGUUAACUUGGUUCAGCAAUCCACAGGGUCCGGUCCGCCAGUCACACAAGAGAUGGCAAGGUAGCUACAUUAUCCCUUCAUGGUCAUGGGCCAGUGUACAAGGGCCAGUGUCCUUUUCCGAUCUGCCGGCAGAUUAUGAGGGAUGGAUCCAGCCAGACAAGACCAACGUGACAGCACUAUUAGCAACGGAAGUGUCGUCAUUCCCAAGUUCAGGUAUCGACUCCUUAGGACGUGCACAUCAUUUGGAUGCUUGCAUUUUGAAGUUGUCCGGGACGACUUUACCGAUCUUUUUUGAAGCAGAAGAAGACCCCGAAAUGCGAUAUUCAUGGCCCGGAUUCUGCGCAUUGACGGCGACCGAUAAACUAUAUGUGCAAUUCCGAUUUGAUAUCGAAGAAGAUCUAUACACUGCCAAAGACGGAACGAGGUGUGUCGUCGCGAUGCCUUUGAUCCUGCGUCGACACGAACGCUUUCCUCACGUGACCGGGCUUCUGUUGCAACAACUAGACGCUGAGUCGUCAUCAUAUUGUCGAUGUGGAAUGUUCGAAUCUAUUACCUGGCGUUUUGUUGGGGAGGCUCUGGUUAGGGCGAUAGUUCCGGGCGAUCAAGCAGCACCUUUACUUCACAAGAAUAUGAGCACCGGAAUACUUGCAGCCGACAUCCAGAAGAUCAGGAGUGCAGUUUUGCUGACCGGGCGAUGCUCGUCUAUAUCAUUCCCAAACCUCCGAAUGCUGGUUGGCGGUCACUUAAAUGGACUUCGCCAACCAGCGCCCCUGGCGCAUGGCAGCCGAAAGUUCAAGCAAGUCUUGACGGAUGAAAUUAGGAUGCUCGCUACAACAUUUUUAUCCCCCAUCCUUGGGUGGCUCGCCUGCGUGGCCGCAGCUUCGCCAGCCGACGCGUCGCACCAGACACGAGAGGCCGACCCGUUGAUAACAAGGGCAAAUGCGACAGUUCCUUUGCGUAUCAUGCCCAUAGGGGCUUCCGUGACUUUUGGUGUUGGUUCCACCACGGGAAAUAGUUAUCGGAAGGAUUUGCAAGACCUGCUCGUGGCGCAAGGCUCGACUGUGACCUACGUGGGAACGCACAAAAACGGAAACUUUGCCAACAACGAAUGCCAGGCUGUGUCAGGGUUCGUUAUCCGGCAGAUCGCUGAGGCGGCUGCCACGGCCGUUCCUGCUGGCUACGUCAAGAUGGCCAACAUUUGGAUGACCGCUAUACAGAAGGUGGAGAGCGAGGGGCUUGUGGCUGCUGCAAGCAGCAAUGGUCUCCAAGCCAAUGGCAAUGCCUCAACAUCAACUGCCGGGGGCCGGCAAGGUGGAGGCAAUCGCAAUGGUACAUCUACUGGCAAAGGUCAGAAUGGGACGUCUAGCACCGGGCCAGUGAGCGUCUCCAAGUCGAACGUAGGCUACAGCAUCUCACUAUGGUUGGGAUUCAUGCCAUUGCUUACUGGUCUCGUUGGGAGUUUGUGA